CACAACAAAAUAAAUAGUGGCACAUUGCUUUGUUAUUGUUGUGAUCCAGCCAGCUGUCAGACUUCAAUUCCGACUUAUCAUCACUGUCCUGAUCGCUGCACAGGCCAUUUCAGAGUAAUUAGGCACCAGAAAACUGUAUCUUCCAGAUCAACAAGACGAUGGAAAGAAGAAAUCUUACCAAUAGAGAAUAAGACAGCGUUGAUAUACAAUAAACGAUGUAGUGUAUAGAUGGAACGUAUACAUCAGUCUCUCCUUGCUUGUUGGGCUCCAUCUUCUGACCAACAUAUUCUUUGUCCAAUGGGUAACGAUGAGAGCAAGUCCUCAGGGGACGGUCACAGUGGCUCCAGUGGUUCCUACCCUCCAGCAAACUUCCCCAACCUCUGCAAGAAAGAUUCAGCCAAGGCUUGGACACUGUAUCAUCAGUGUUCAUUGGAGCAGUGGAAACAAGGCCAUUCAGAUGCGGCCGGUUUCCGGGAGACAGUGCUCAACUGUGAUGGCAUCGUGUAUAAAGACUGUAGUCCAGCAUUUUGUAUGAGCCGUCAAGGCAUCAUCAACAUCAACAAAUCAUCCUCCAUCUUCAGUUUUAGAAAACGUUGUAAAUUUACAAAGAUGGCCGAACAUUUUGAAUACAACCACAUCCCUGCUCAACUUUCAUCAAUUCAGAAUUUCCAUGUGAAGAGUGUCCUGUGUUAUCGUGAUAACUUGGUUGUGUUACAUUUAGUGCGCAAUCUGAUGACACAGUUUGGACUACUCGAUUUGAAAAUGAAUAAGUUCCUCGGAAUAUUCGGGAGGCAAAGCGUUGAGUUUUUCAACGAGGCGAUAUUUGGUGAGAUGAGUCCUGACGAGACGAAGUGUUUAAUCCUAAUCCCACCAGAGAAGGCAAACACUGGUGGGAAUUACUACAACUACCUUCUGAAACUUUAUGAUCUGCCAUGCAAGCAGUUGCUCACCGAAGUGCAACUUGGAUAUGACUUGUGCCAUUUCGCGUUCGAUCCACGUUUCGCGUCAAGCCGUAUUACGGUGACGAACUUUGAGCCGAACCAAAUGAACAGUCUAAGUCUUGUGAAACCAGGGACUUGGGAGGUUCUCAGAUCAAACCAUCGCGUCAAUGAUACGAUGCGCGGGACAUUAUAUCCGUAUUUAAAAGAUCUGAAAUUUACACCAGAUGGAUCCUUAAUCGUUGCCACUUUAAUCGAAACUGGUUGUACUUGUCGAGACCGUAAGACACGGAACUACCGACCACUUAAUUGUAGUAUCUAUGUCUUCAAUGCAGACACCGUGGAGACGCUCCACUGCAUCCAGUAUCAGCGAUUCACAUGCGGCCAGCACAUGUGUCCCAUCAACUACACACCAGUGUUCUCAACAUGUGGGAACCGGAUGGCCGUCAUAGUGAAUGUCCAGGGUAUGCCAACCUGCCAUUUCGUACAAGUCUACAAGUUGCCAUCUCCGUUGAACAUGCAGAGCAUGUGUCGUGUUGUCAUCUGCCAGAACUUCAACCCAGAGGAGAUUCCCGACCUGAUGCUGCCUCCGAAACUCAUCAACUACUUACUCUUUAAACCAGAGUUCAACUAAACAUCUUCUCUACUGGGAUCACCAGGCUUUUGUAAACCAGGUUGUAGUAUGGUAGAAUUGCUGAUGUGAAGACACCCAAUGAAUCGACGAAUGUUGUCCUUCUGAAGGUGGUCUAGAUUACUAUGGUCUAAUGUCAAGGCCAGAUGCACCAGCUUAGGCUGGUGAAAGGGACAAAAAGUUGUUGUCUGAAAAAAUGGUUGCAGUAUUUUGCAGCUUGACAACCAGUCAUUUCUUCCAGUCGUUGCAGAGAUUAUGUGAAAACUUCACGUUGGGAAAUAAGUUUAGCUCUUAAUUUUUUGCCAUGAUACACUUUUAAAGAUGGCGAAACGUUCGAAGAAGAUGGCGUUUUGUGGAUUGAAUUACAUUGUAUUGAACAAUGUAUAAACGAUUUAUUAAUUUAUAAACCAGGAUUACAACCUGGAUAUGUAUUGCUGUAACCAGUGUCAGAACUACAUACUAUUAGUCUUGUAGGUUGAAUGUACAAUGAUAUGUACUGUAAAGUAAGUGGUCGCGAUCGUUUCAUUUUCACGAUGUGGAAGGCAGAUGCGAACAUUAAACUUGCCAAAAUUUCUACUCCAAUGCAAUAACUAUAGUUUUUUCGCUGGAAAUGUGAAUUGCGUCAACAGAAAAUGGCUUACUUGAAAAUAUCUAAAUGUAUGAUUCUUCAUUGGUAAGUUUGGUCCACUUAGUGUAGAGUUGUCAGUUGAUGUCGUUGUCUUGACGCCAGUGUACAGGAAUUGGGGGGAAUCUUAUCGGGAUGAUUAGGGGUUCAACUUCUCAUCAGGUGACAGUUGUGGGACCCUUGAUGGUUUAAAUAGACUCAGCAUAGUGCUGGCAGUUCCUGUUUGUAUCUGGCUUAUAUUCUAGUCAUAUGUAUCUAUUAUAAUACUAAUUUCAAUUGAAGUGAGGGUGCUAUUAUAUUGUAACUCAGUGAUUUCAUUUAUUUUUAAGGUACAUUUUUACAUUUUUUUGAGUGUGAUUUAUUGUUUCAUGAUCAUUGUUCCGUUUUUACAAAGGAAAUCAAUUUCAUGUCAUGAAAUUUGUUGUGCAUGUAAGUUUUUGAAUCUUUCAGUUUCAUACUGUGAUGUUUCUCAAAGUUUCAAUAUCACUCUAACAUUUUGCCGAAAACGUGCUUACAUAUGUGCUGCUGGUCAUAGAAAGACUAAAGAUGCCUCAGUGUUCUACACAAACCGGUAAAACAUAUAGUGUUCCUUUUCCAACAGAUAUCCAUGACUCUGACCCACUUGGUGGUAGGUAGUAAUGCCUUACGAUGGGAAGUGGAAAUGCCUGAAAUACAUACCUAACUAUGGGAAUUGGAAAUGCCUGAAUUAGAUAUGCCUGAAAUUAUCAAACUGUGGGAAAUGUCAUGCCUGACCUCAUGUUCCCUGCUAAACCACUGCACCAGUCAUUUUGCUCAAUCUCUCAGUAAUUAAGAUGUUAAAGAGACUGGUAAACUCAUCUUCAUUGCCUAAUUAUUCAAGUUUGCUCCGGGAAAUCAAUCUCUCUUCUAAGCUGACUCCACUUUGCCAAGGUAAUGAAGUUGGUGAGCAUUGUGAAGUGCAUUUAAAAGGAGAACCCUCAGGUUCAUUGAAGAUGAUGAACGAGAUGGAAAUUUUAGGUUUUUUAACCAUCCAAUUCUUGGCACUCUUAUUAAAUUACAGCCAACUCGUCUGAUUUUUUCAUCUCAGUUAUCUUUAGAUGUGGCCAUUUAUAAUGUCAUUAAUGACAUCUGACAUCAAUUUUUAAUGAAAAUAAUUAGGUUAUAUACACUGUGACAUAAGAAAGUCAUGUUAAUUUCCACGUACUCAAAACCAAAUUUUCUCGAAAGUUUCAAAAAGCUUCUGAAAAAAUGAAACUGUGACUCGUAUUCUGUGAUCUCAAGAGAGAGAUGUUUGAAAAUAUUUCAUUGGUUAAUUCGAGCUGUACCAUUUUAGACUCAUUGUUUCUUUUUAUAAGUUAUUUCAUCUUUAUUGUACAUUCUUUGUAUUUUGUUAUGUUUCCAGAUAUGAGGGAGUCAAGUUGUGCAUCUAUAGUGUAGUGUUGAUGCCUAGUUGGUUCUCUGAUGAUCCAUUGCAUAACUAAACUAAUGGAUGAUCCAUUGCAUAACUAAACUAAUGGAUGAUCCAUUGCAUAACUAAACUAAUGGAUGAUCCAUUGCAUAACUAAACUAAUGGAUGAUCCAUUGCAUAACUAAACUAAUGGAUGAUCCAUUGCAUAACUAAACUAAUGGAUGAUCCAUUGCAUAACUAAACUAAUGGAUGAUCCAUUGCAUAACUAAACUAAUGGAUGAUACAUUGAAUAACUAAACUAAUGGAUGAUCCAUUGCAUAACUAAACUAAUGGAUGAUCCAUUGCAUAUAGCAACAGAUUAUCCAUUGCAUAUCUCUGCAUAUUACCAAAAACUCAUGAGUUUUUGAUAUUACUGAUGUAUUACAUGCAUAUUACAAUGGGUUUGUCCAUUGCAAACAUGUGUUAUAGUCAUUGUUCAUGUAUUGGAAUUAGUACAGGGUUGAUUAUCAAUAUAACGUAUCAGUAUCAUUGAGACAUUAAGCUUCAGUGCGUAUUCAAUGUCUAUAAACAACAGUAGAACCUCUCUAUUAAGGACACCCUCAGGACUGACAAAUGCUGUCCUUAUAGAGGUCAAAUUGAACGGACCAAUUUGUUACCAAAACUAGUGUCCUUAAUAGAGAGGUGUCCACUAAGGGAGGUUCCACUGUAGUAUCUAUAUACUCUUAAGCUAGUGUAGGCCUGCUAUUAAGCCUAAUUAUUGUGUGAUGGUGCUCAAAUAAACUAAAGCCAUAAAAAUUGCAUAUUUACUUGGUAUGUGUAUCACUAUUAUGUCUGUCUUGUCAGUGGGGCGUGUUCUAUUUAACCAAGUGACUGAGCUAUUCGCUCCAGUAUCAUUAUCAUAUUUAAAGACAAGGUUGUACUAUGUUAGAGGUAGUUGUUCAAAAUUGUAACUGUUUUUCAAGUAAAGAGUCUCUGUGUAUUAGUUUACAAAAAGGUGGAAUGGAUAUGAUCUGAUUAUGGUUUUUGGCAACUUAAAUCUUAUCCCAAAAGAGGUGUUGCAGAGAUGUAUAGACAAACAAGUCUGUUCAUAGAAGCGUGUUUGGAGAAUAACUAUGCUAUAUACCAUUGUGAUGGCAGGAAGGCUUAGAUAUGGACAAUAGAUUGUACGUCAUGAGAUUAAAACAUAAGACACCUUGAAGUUGUUGCCUAUCUGAGGGUUAGGUUGACUCGUCAUGGUGAUAUUUUGAGGGACAAGGUUGAAACACGGUUACAAUUGGAUGAGAUUGUGUUAGAAUAGAACAAAUCUACUUAUCUAUAUCUUUCAAUAGCAUGUGCUUUUUAGUACUCCGGUGAUUUAGGGUUGAGCUAUUUAAGACUGUGGAUUGUUCAUGUUUUUAGGCUAGAUUUGGCCGGGGAAUUUUGCCAAUUCAGGCAGGCUCAAUAUGAAUCAUAAUAAAGCGCAUUGAUGAUUGUUAGACUAAGAACGGCUGAGAUAUUUUCGAAGGCAACGUCAGAAAGCUCACAACUGUAAUGAAGUGAAACUCAACAAUGCCCGUUCUAUGCAUUUUGAUACGAGAACCAUUCAUGCCUGUUGCAAGAAGUCAAAACUUAGGGGGUCAAAUUAAGGGCUGCAUAACGCACACACAUUCACAUCAUUUUUAUCAAUGAUAUAUAUUUAUAUAUAUGUAGAGGAUGAAAAUACCAUAUUUUCGGUUUAGAUAAUCUGAGUCAAACGAACCGUCCCCUCUAGCAACAGGCAUGCAAUGAGGAAACUUUUCAUUUUUUCAAAUUUUCCACUUUUUCUUCUCAUCAUGCUUACUUCUCUCUUUUGUAUAAGGUGUUUUACUACUCGGCUAAAACCAUGACAGGAGGCUUGGUAGUUCUUACAUAUUGAACUGAACAAAAAUCUCAUUGAAGCAUGAAAUUGUUUGGUCAGAGCGGCCUAGAAAUGUCUUUUCUACACCUUUUUCACUUCCCCUAGCACCUUCCUUUAUCUCAGUUCUACCACAGGGAGUAUUCAGUAGACACAUUGGCUGAAAUGCUUUUACUCCGGUUUUGUACAGGAAGGCCUAGUGUAAAUGUACAUGGAGAUUUAGAUAAAAGCAUUUGCUAGUCUUUAUUCAUAUCACCCAUUGGCUGAGAGAUGACCUUGGUAACUAGCGUAAGUUUGCCUCUAUAUCAGGACAGAGACCCAAUUCGAUGACUUCGGCGUGUUGGCCGUUUAAAAACGCCGACUGAAUUCUUCUAAGUCGUGAGGCCAUUGUGAUGUAUGUCAGAUUCUUAUAAAACAAUGGACAUGAUUACCACCUGUUGUUUGUGUAGAUGUUCUCUCGAUGUCUGUAUUCUAAAUCUUGUAAUGUAUGCUGGAUUACUUUAGCAAGGCUGGGCUGGUCCCCCUCCGAUUUACCAUGGUGAUUUUCAAAUUUCACCAUGGUAAACAUUGAAGUUCACCGUGGUGAAUUGGGAUGGUUAAAUGUUUCACCGUGGUGAUCAUAUGAGUUGAGUUUUUUGGAAGUUCAAAUUCUGAAAAAAUUUCUAAGUCCAAAUAUUUUUUUCACUUGAUUUAUUUUCGGCUCAAAAUGAAGAGAUAUCACCAUUUUUGGACUUUGGAAAUUUUUCCGAAUUAUGAACUUGAAUGAAAUAAUUCUGAAAGAUGAAAAAAAAUUAAGUCCAAAUAUUUUUUUCACUUUUUUUUCUGCUCAAAAUGAAGAAACAUCAGCAGUCCCAAAAAAUUUUGACUGAAAAUUUUCAGAAUUUGAAACUUUUAUGAAAAAAUUCAACUCCAAAUGGGAAGUUUGAUAUUUCUUAGUAAGGAAAUGACUAUGCCGGUGUGAUUUCGAUAGAUAAAGUUUGAGCUUUCAAGUUAUAUUCCAGAUUACUGAGGGAGAUGAAAUUGUGGAAUAUUUCCAUUAGAAUCGGGCAUUUUUUGCUCAAUGAUUUUGUUCAGGCUUCCAGUUAAAGAGGACGAUGUACAUCCAUGAUAUACUCCAUGGGUUUCAAUAAUGUGAGAGUGAACCUUGCAUAAUCAGACUUGGAUCCUAACAUAUAACGGACAGGUCUUCCAAGUCCAAGAUUUGGUAUAUAAUACAUGUAUUACAGAAAAAAGCCUGGUUCAAGUCAGUCUGAUUUAUGCAAGGAUUACUUGUCCCUUUCAGAAAAACAAUGGUGGUCUUAGUUUUUUGCUGUCAAUGUUUAUGUCAAUCGUAGUGUAUGUAUUCAUAUCUGAUUGUUUGUUUCAAUUUCAAGGUUACCUAAACACCUUCAGCGCCGAACCACGCAGAUCUUCGCGGCCCAAAUCCCCCUCUUUGAGCUGGUUAUCGGAGUCUCAUGGACUUCAUGGAAGAACUACGCCAUCGCCAUCUUCAGGGCAAGGUAGAAACUGGAAAGACCUCUUCUUGUCGUUUCUGUUCCUACCUUGCCCUGAAGAUGGCGAUGGCGUAGUUCAUUCAUGAAGUCCUUGAGACUCCGAUAACCCGCUCAAAGGGGAGGGGGAUUUGGGCCACGUAGGUUCGGCGCUGACGGUGUUAAUCCCUUAAAUAGGGUAACGGUCCUCAGUUUCUAAUCUGAAAUUGUGUUAAAGCUGAAAUAAAGAAGUGUGUCAAGAUAAUGUCUGGCCAGCACUACAUGAUUAACACAGUCAGUUUCCCUGCUAAAAAUGAAACAUGGUCAUGACUUCAAUGUCGCCAUAUUUUGAAUUCAUACCAUCGUAAUCUUGAUAGCAUUUUGUGUUUUCGUACACAAUUGUGAACUUUGUAAACUUUGGCCAAAACUAUUGUUUAAGUGAAAAGCUCAUGUUGUCUACCUGAGAAGUACUUUGCCAGUGGUAGUGCGUGUAGUGUCAGAUAGAGCUUCUUAAAGAUUCUAGCUACUGAAUGCUGCCAGGGUUAUGAUGGGAGGGACUGCACAUCAUCUGAAUAUUGUACAUAUUGGAGGGGUGAAAUAUUUUUGAAAGUGUCGAUAUAUUCAGUAGGUGUGUGGUAAUGCCUAUAAUGUACACAAGGUUGCAAGGUCCAUAGUGUCUUCAUGUGCUCAUUCAUAUAAUAAGUGGGUGAAAUAUUACCUUUUUAGUCAAAACAUAUCAAGUUUAGAAUUGAAUGUGUCUGGUUUCGUGGUCAUGUUUUAGUGCCAAGUGGUUUCCCUGCAAUAAGUAAACGUUUUCACUGUACAUGUAGAUGAUGUAUUGUUAUGUCACCAGUUUGCCAACAGAUUUAUUUAGCUCACACAGUACAUGUGUCGACCAGCGGGUCAAAUAUUUUCUGCCUAGCUUCUAUCAGGGUGAGGGGUGGAUCCAGGGACUGAGAAAGGGGAGGGUGCCUUGAGAGAGCCGCGCUGCCUUGGUGUUCCUUUAGGAAAAAUGUCCCAAAAUUCAUGGUCAGUUUCAAAGUUUGGGGGCACCUCCCUUGGAUCCUCCACUGUCUAUGUCGCUAAGUGUGGAGUGAUGGCGUCAACCUGGCAUAAUACACAUUUUUGAGAUAGCUUUUUUUAGUGGGAAGGGCUAUGUACACAAAGUUUUGGAUAAAUGUAAGCCUAAAAUAUAUCAAGAUCGACAAUAUAGGUAGCAGCUGGGCAGGCAAAAUAAAGUUACAUGAAGUCGCCAAUAGGGGUCUCUCACAUCUCAGAGUACGUCGAAAUGAUUCCUGCCAGUAUGAGGAAUAUAUUAAGUGCUGAAUCUGACAUGACCCAGGGCCCUUACAGUGUAUAUUAGUUACCUGGAGAUGGCCAAAUUAGCCCCUCUGCUCCUGUAUAUAGUCCCUUUAAGUACAAACUGGGAUGCCUUCUUGUCAUUUUAUGAACAGAUUCUGGUAAACUUCAUUUUUAUUGUGCUGUGGUAUUUGAGUGAUGCUGUGGCUAUACUAGAUACUGAGUAUCUUACAACAGUUGUAAACUAGUUGCUAUUGUUACUGCUGUGGAAGAUUUGGUUAUCAAGUGCUGCAUUUAAAAGAUGUUUACAUAAUAAAAUUGUUGAUCCAUGGAUAAAA